GAGCUGCAGUGUACUCUGAUAUUAAAGACCCCUAUAGACCCAUUGCAGUGGGUGUGGUUUGACGGCCGCUUUGAUAUUUCAAUGAUAGCCGCCAUUUUGGGGUACCACAUCAAACAGAUUUGUGCAGUUUUUUUUUUACGACCUCUGGUUAAUCCUUACACAUAGAUCUACCUCUUUCUGCACCUUUUUCUCAUUCGACACACCCAAUGUUCCCAGACUCUAUCAGGCACCAACUGUUCUGAUCAGACAGAUAUUUACGAAUGGCCACUAAGCAGCAAAACCAAGAGCUCACAAUUGACAACCUGAAGGCGGAUAGAUAUCUGACUGAAGAGCAACUCAAUACAGUAAUAACGGAACUAGAUCUACCCGAGGUAGCAGCAUGUUUCGACAAUAUUUACGAUGGCUAUCUGGAAAAGCUGGAGCUCUUACCUGGAGAACAAACUGAUGUGAGGACUAGAGCGUAUGUAGAGGGAACUCUAGCAGGAAUGUUGCUAGCUCUGAAAUGUUGGAUAAGAAACGAACGACUAAACGGCACCUUCCGAGCUCUGCUACUCAUCUUACUCUCUCUGCUCAAAGGAGACGUUGCUGUUCGAGUGUGCAAGUACUUGUCUGACAAAUACUCCACCUCGUGUCCCCCCUCCCGAGAGAGGGUCCUGCUGAACUCCAAGCUGUUCUCGUACAGGGAGUACCUACAAAGUCGCUACAGAGCUCAAAUACCUACAUCAGUCGUGCAAUGGCCUCCUCUCCCAACAAACAAAGUCUUCAAACUGGCCAUAAUUCAAAAGGAGGAAAUACAGAGAGGAAGAAUCGACGAUGAAUUUGUUAGACUAACAAUUACAGGAAAAAUAGAUGACAUUUUACUUCAAAAAACUCCUGUUGAUUUGUUUGAUAUUUUUUCAAAGAUUGGAGAUGGACGAAAACUUGUGUUGAUUGAAGGAGCUCCUGGCUCUGGCAAGAGCACCCUUGCUUUACACAUCUGUCAGGAGUGGGCCGAGAGGAAACUAUUCCACGAGUUCGAUAUUGUAAUCCUUGUAAGACUGAGAGAUGUCUUUGUUAAAGAAGCCAUUACAAUUGCUGAUUUACUUCCCUGCAUUGAUAUGACUGUGGCAAAAGAGACAGAGGCAGAAAUAAAAUCAAAAUACGGAAAAGGUGUACUGUGGGUGCUAGAUGGAUGGGAUGAGCUUCCUUCUGACCUUCCCCAAAACUCGAUUAUUAACAAACUAAUCCUACCAGGCAUGUCACAAAAAGGAACGCUACAUGAAUCUGCUGUGAUCGUAAUGUCUCGACCAUCGUCUUCGGCUGAGCUCCACCCACUAGUCUCAUCCAGGGUGGAAGUGUUGGGAUUCACUCCACAUGAACUAGAGCAAUACUUCACAGAGUGUCUCAAAGGUGACUCACAAGCUGUACAGACUCUACUUAUGAGAAUUCGAGAGAACCCAGUGGUAGAAGGCAGCUGUUACCUCCCCCUCAAUGCUUCCAUUGUCGUUAAUUGCUUCCUUUCUGAAAACCACUCACUCCCCACAUCCAGCCACGAAAUAUUUACAUCAGUUGUUCAGAGCUCUCUCAAAAGAUACCUCCAGAAUAGGUUGGGGAAGAUCACUCCAGUGGGAGACAUCACAUCCCCAAAUUCACUGCCGUCAGAAAUCAGAGCACCGUUCGUACAACUGUGUCAACUUGCAUAUCAUGGGAUUGAAAAAAAUAAAGUGACAUUCACUGAAGAGGAUUUGUCUACUCUUUCCAUUCCAAUGGUCAUUUCCGACAUUGGAUUAUUACAAACUGUUCCUAGUAUCAUUAGCAAUGGUCAUCUAGUUUACUACUGCUUUCUCCAUCUAUCUAUUCAAGAGUUACUAGCAGCUGUCCAUGUUUCUCUCAUGUCUCCCAAGCAACAAAUUUCAGUCUUCCAAGAUCUGUUUGGCAAUUCUCGAUUUAGUGCAGUCUUCCAGUUUUAUGCUGGUAUCACCAAACUGAGAACUAGUAGACCAAUCCUCAGCAAACUGCCUCGAUUCUUGUGUCCAGUUCCUGCCUCUGUUCAUGACUUGGUUCGAAAAGUUGGGAAAAGUCAUCAAGAGUCCCUCUUGCUGUCUCUUCUCCACUGUCUGUACGAAGCUGAAGACUCGUCACUGUGUGCAUUUGUGGGCGAUCUGCUUAAUCACUGGCUAUAUCUUAGUAACAUUACAAUGAAUCCUAUCGACUGCCUCUCUAUUGAUUAUUUCGUUUCUAACACCAGUAAUGGAUUCACACUGGACCUCAAUAAUUGUUCUAUUGGUGAAUACUGUUGCAAAUUUCUGACCCGGGGACUCUCCAAGUGUCCCCACUCUCUUUACAAGAUUAGUCUUUAUGAUAAUGAUAUUCAUGAAGACGGAAUACAUCACAUUGCUGAGGUGCUCAAGAACACUAAUUUAAUAUCCAAAUUAGAUCUGUCUCGUAAUUCUAUUGGUAACAGUGGGCUUAGCACACUCUGCGAGGCCUUGUCGACUAACACAUCAUUAAAGAAUCUCAUUCUAUAUAAAUGCUCACUAUUUCUCAAUGAUCACGGAGCAAUUCCUGGACUACUGAGCACAAACACUACUCUUGAACACCUUAAUUUGUCAGCCAAUGUUAUUGGUAACGCUGAAUUUAAAAAUCUCUGUGAGGCCUUGUCAAUAAACACAUCAUUAAAGACCCUGGAACUGAGAAAGUGCUCACUAACAAUAUCCGACGGCAAUAGAGCUUCCCUCUAUCAACUUCUGAGUGAAAACAAUUCCCUCGAACAUCUUAACUUGUAUAGUAACUCGGUGACAAACUGUCGUCACAUUGCUACUGGACUUGCCGUCAAUAAGACACUGAAAUCGUUGGAUUUGAGUAACUGUAAACUGACGGAUCAGAGUAUCAAGGAGUUAUGCACUGGACUGAUCAACAAGAUUGAAGAACUGUGGAUCCAUCGUAAUAACUCAAUAACAGUAAAUGGAAUGAAGAUGCUUGCCAUACAUCUAACCACCCACUGCUCUGAAUUGACACGAGUGCAAAUACCCGAUCAAUUAAAAUCAUGUAUCAAGACAGUAUUCAUGGCGACUAACAAAGAGAGGAAAUUAAAUAAAUUACCUGAGAUUAAUGUGUAUGCAUUUUAAUAUUACAUGUUCUGUCAUCG